AUGUUCUCUCGCCUAUCUCAGCUAGCAAGACACCUCUCGCGACCGCUUCCUAACUACGCGCAUCGCUCUGCCGCUGCAUUCUCCUCUUCUACCUCCAGAAUGACAUCAUCAUCCAACGUCGAAACAAUAUCUGGGCCCCAAAAAGGACUUAUACAAACGGCGGGAUGCCUGAUAAUAGGUGACGAGGUACUUGGUGGGAAGACCGUGGAUACAAACUCGGCCUAUUUUGCAAAGUUCUGUUUCUCCCUGGGAGUGCAGUUGAGGAGGAUAGAGGUGAUUGCGGACGACGAAGAUGAAAUAAUAGAAGCCGCCAGACGCAUGUCCAAGAAUUAUGAUUUCGUGGUAACGAGCGGUGGUAUAGGUCCCACGCACGACGACAUAACCUACCAGUCAAUAGCCAAAGCAUUCGGGCUAGAGCUACGCCUGCACGAACCGACCAUGGCCAGGAUGAAGAAGUUCUCGAAGCCCCAUAAAUCACAGCCCAACUUUUCCUGGGACGUACCGUCACCUGCAUUGACGGCCAAGAUGCGAAUGGCACAACUCCCUACUGAUCCCAAUGUCCCUGAUGAACAACAGGUCAUCCAUGUCAAGGAAGACCUUUGGGUCCCUCUUGCGGUGGUGAACGGAAAUAUCCAUAUCCUGCCUGGAGUGCCUAGGCUAUUCGAGGCCAUGCUGGAAGGAUACAAACCCCGUUUACUCCCACGGCUGAAAGACCCAGAAGGGAAGGGCAUGUAUCGCAUGCUUUUUAGUACACCGAUAGCCGAGAGUCAAAUUGCGGAUUACCUUACACAGCUGGCUGCAAAAGUCGGACCUAAGGGUGUAAAGGUUGGGAGUUAUCCGCGAUGGGGAAAGAACAGGAAUGCUGUGACAUUGGUCGGCAACGACAGAGAGUACAUGGACUCAUUAGAGGCUGAGGUGGCCGAAGGCGUGCAGGGGAAGAGGGUCUUUGUAGAAGGAGAGGAUGAUACCGACGAUGAGACUGACGUGAAGAAGGAUAAAGACGCCUGA